CUGGCCCAAACGGGCCAUCCAAAGUCAUAAGCCCAUUCAAUCCUCAACCCUCGCGUUCCAAACACUCUCUUCUUCCCCCCAUGGCUGCCCUCGCCCAUGUGCGCCGCCUCCUCCUCCACCCCGGCGCCGGAGCUCCGGCGAGAUCCUUCUACGCCCAGCCCUACCAAGCCAAGGUCGGCGUGGUGGAGUUCCUGAACGGGAUCGGGAAGGGCGUGGAGACGCACGCCGCGAAGCUGGAGGAGGCCGUGGGCGGAGAUCUCCAGAGGCUGCUCGAGACCCGCACGCUGCGGCUCAAGAAGCUCGGCGUCCCCGUCAAGCACAGGAAGUUGAUUUUGAGUUUUGCUCACAAGUACCGUCUUGGACUCUGGAAGCCCCCAGCAGAAGCCAGGAAAGCACAAUGAAGUUGGUUUGUUUCUGAAGUGCCCACAUCGAAAACUGUGUGCUGAUAUUGGGUUGAAGCAUGUUUUGGGCCACUGAAUAGCUGUGUUCAUUUUGAUGCCAAUCAGAAUGCUGUUUGAUACGCUUUUUCUGCCAAUCCAACCAAUAACUGGCUCCUCUUGAUGGUGAUCUUUUGUAGUAUUUCUCUUUGCUAAGUUUUGUCUAGAAUUUCUCCUUGCUAGAGGAAAGCGUCAUCAUCACUGUGUCUUGUUAUAAAAUCAAUCAUUUGGCUCAAAUAUUUUGCUUCCCCUGUGGUAUAGCAAAUCCUAUGCCCUUAUUGAUCAUGACAGAACAUGAGUAUAUGUUUUCAUCAGUA